GUUGUGAUGGACGUCUAAUUGCAACCAAACAGCAGGGGAAGGACUUCCCACGCGUGGCCACGUUUUCACACGUGGCGUGUUCAAAUCAAACACGAAAUGCUUGCGCUCCCUCCGCCUUGCAAAACUCGAACUCGUUGCGGUUUAAACCGUUUCUCUUCGGACUCUCUCUCUCUCUGCAGGUUACAAGUGGACUACUCUUUCUCUCUCUAGGUUACACCUCCGUGCAGAGCGGUCAUGGUGUCCUGCCCUAGCUCGAAAUCCGGGGUUUCCUCUCUUCUCAAAGAAAGAACUGUUAUUCUCUGAUAAUUUUCAGGGGAUUUUGAACUGAUUCCCUCACAGUUCAUUUCUUCAAUUCCUGCUCCCCCUUCUUCUUCGACAUCUCCUCCAAGGAUUUAGAUUGCUGCUGUUGUUUGAGCUGCUUCGUUUUCUCAAUGGUUUUGGUAUUUUUCUGGGAAUUCAGUUGAAGAAUUUUUGGGUUUCGUUCUUAUUGCUGGACGCCAAGAUGAAAUUUGGGGAGACUUUUAUGGAGUAUCUGCGUGGAGAUCAGGAGUGGUUUUUAGGUAAAUGCACUCACGUUGAAUAUAAGCGGCUUAAGAAAGUCCUAAAGAGCUGUCGGACUUGCACGACAUUGCAGCAUUCUUGCGAUACUGAACAGGAAAAUGAGAAGGACGCAUUGUCAGGGCUGUGUCAAUGUGAAUCCUGCCCGUUGUGUGAUCAGAAGUUUUUCUCUGAAUUGAUGAAAGAGGCUUCAGACAUAGCUGGAUGCUUUAACUCUAGAGUCAGACAUCUCCUUGAUCUUCAUAUUGCUAGUGGACUGCAGAGAUAUGUGCUACGAUUGCGUCAGUGUUUUAAAAAUGAUCAGCAAAUCAUGGUACAAGAAGGUCGGAUGCUGAUUGAAUAUGUUACGAUGAAUGCAAUUGCUAUUCGGAAAAUCCUUAAGAAAUAUGAUAAAGUACAUAGCUCUGUAAAUGGCAAGAAAUUUAAGACAAAGAUGCGAGCCGAACGUAUUGAGCUUUUGCAAUCACCUUGGAUUAUAGAAUUGGGAGCUUUUUAUUUGAACUUCAACAGAUCUGAUAGUGGAGACUCUGAUGAGGUCUUUAGUCACUUCUCUUGUGAUCUUGGUGCUAUGCAGCCUGUGAUGACAUUAAAGCUUCCAGAUUCUGUGAAGUUAGAAUAUAACCUGACUUGCGCAAUUUGCUUGGAUAUAGUUUUCAAUCCAUAUGCUCUGAGCUGUGGCCAUCUUUUCUGCAAGUUGUGUGCUUGCUCAGCUGCUUCUGUGAUGAUCUUCCAAGGUCUCAAGGCUGCUAACCCAGAGUCUAAGUGUCCUAUUUGUAGAGAGGUUGGAGUAUAUGCAAAUGCAGUGCACAUGUUAGAACUAGACCUACUUGUGAAGAAAAGGUGCAAAGGGUAUUGGAAGGAGAGGCAGGUGGCUGAACGAGCAGAGAUGGCAAAGCAAUCUAAAGAGUAUUGGGAUUUACAAACCAAGUACGCAAUUGGGUAUUGAUUUGAAUUUGUCUUCUUUUAUUUAUGGAACUCAAACGAAGCUGCAAAGGGAAGCAGUUUUGGUGGCUUUGAUCAGAUAACCUACAAUCAAGCUGAUAAGAACUUUGUUAGGUUAAUUCCUGUCCUCACCCCUUCCCCAAACAAAAUAAACAAACAAAUAAAUAAAAUGGAAAUGAUAUUCGUUUCUGAUA